AGGAGCGUCGCCAGUUGCCGUGCAUUGGUGGUUACGGGGAUCUUGAGCUCCGUCCGCCAUUUUGGACAGAUAACCUUCAAAUCACGUGACAUUGGAACCUAAGACGGAGAACACUAUUUCAACAUUUUCCAUUCCGGGCUGUUAAUAACUUAGUUAUUUCCUUCUCUGGACAAACCUGAUACCUAGUGUUAUUCCGUUGUUGAAGUGGUUAUUUCGAAAUCCUCGGAAUUUUCCUGGGUGACGUCACUUGAUUGACAGCUCCCAAGCUCACACAUACGUCACGCUUGUUGGAGAGACCGCCCAAUCGAAAAUGGCGUCGAGUAAGGUGUCCAAGUCAAGCCAGCCACGGGCUGAGAGCUACCGCUAUGCUGUCACACCCAGUGAUAAUGAUGACAAGAAGAAGUCAAAGAAGGAGAAGAAGAAGGAAAAUCUUGAUGAACUCAAACAGGAGUUGGAGAUGGAAGAACACAAGAUUCCACUUGAGGAGUUGUAUGAGCGACUUGGAUCAGAUCCCAAUAUGGGUCACAGUGUUGAGAAGGCAAAAGAAAUUCUCCUCAGAGAUGGUCCCAAUAUGUUAACACCACCUAAAACUACACCAGAAUGGGUGAAAUUUUGUAAAACAUUAUUUGGUGGUUUCUCUCUCCUCCUAUGGAUUGGGGCUAUUCUCUGUUACAUAGCAUAUUCCAUCCAGGCAGGAGCCAUGGAAGAUCCACCGGGUGAUAAUUUAUAUCUAGGUAUAGUGCUGACAGCUGUUGUGGUUGUCACAGGAUGCUUCUCAUACUAUCAAGAAGCCAAAAGUUCAAAGAUUAUGGAUUCCUUCAAGAACAUGGUUCCACAGUAUGCUGUGGCUAUCCGAGGUGGACAAAAGCACAAUAUCCAUGCAGAGGAGCUGGUCCUUGGAGACAUCAUUGAUGUCAAGUUUGGAGACAGAGUCCCUGCUGAUAUCCGUGUGAUCACUGCUCACAGCUUCAAGGUGGACAACUCCUCCCUGACUGGAGAAUCUGAGCCCCAGACUCGUACUGCCGACUUCACACAUGAAAACCCCCUAGAAACAAGGAACUUGGCCUUCUUUUCCACCAAUGCUGUAGAAGGAGAUUGUCGUGGUAUUGUGGUCCGUACUGGUGACAAAACUGUAAUGGGGCGUAUUGCCAACCUGGCUUCUGGUCUGGAGGUUGGCGAGACUCCCAUUGCUAAGGAAAUUGCUCACUUCAUCCACAUCAUCACUGGUGUGGCUGUGUUUCUUGGAGUCUCCUUCUUCGUCAUCGCCUUCAUUUUGGGUUACUUUUGGCUUGAUGCUGUCAUCUUCUUGAUCGGAAUUAUUGUUGCUAAUGUCCCUGAGGGUCUGCUGGCUACUGUCACAGUUUGUCUGACUCUCACAGCAAAGCGUAUGGCCAGUAAGAACUGCCUGGUGAAGAACUUAGAGGCUGUUGAGACUCUUGGAUCUACAUCCACCAUCUGCUCGGACAAGACCGGAACACUGACACAGAACAGAAUGACCGUUGCUCACAUGUGGUUUGAUGGGCGUAUUGUGGAGGCUGACACCAGUGAUGACCAGUCCAAUGCCACAUACAGCCGCACUGACCUCACCUGGAUGAAUCUGGCUCGCGUUGCCAUGUUGUGCAACAGGGCCGAAUUCAAACUUGGGCAGGACGACACUCCAAUCCUCAAGAGGGAAUGUAACGGUGAUGCAUCUGAAUCUGCCCUGCUCAAGUGUGUUGAGUUGUCGAUUGGAAAUGUCACAGAAUUCCGCCGCCGCAAUAAGAAGGUCACUGAGAUUCCAUUCAACUCAACCAACAAAUACCAGGUUUCCAUCCACGAGACUGAGGAUCCCAACGACCCACGCUAUCUGCUUGUGAUGAAGGGAGCUCCUGAGAGGAUCAUGGACAGAUGUAGCACUGUGCUUCUUAAUGGCAAGGAACAACCCAUUGAUGAUUCUUUCCGUGAGGCUUUCAAUGCUGCUUACCUGGAACUUGGAGGCUUGGGAGAGCGUGUACUUGGAUUCUGUGACUAUUUCCUGCCUAUCGAUCAGUUCGCCCCAGGCUUUAGCUUUGAUCCUGAUGGCCCCAACUUCCCCAUCACCGGUCUGAGAUUCGUUGGCCUCAUGGCUAUGAUUGACCCUCCCCGUGCUGCUGUGCCUGAUGCUGUUGGAAAGUGUCGAAGUGCUGGUAUUAAGGUUAUCAUGGUAACUGGUGACCAUCCCAUCACUGCCAAGGCCAUUGCUAAGGGUGUCGGCAUCAUCUCAGAAGGAAGUAAGACUGUAGAAGAUAUUGCUGCUGAGAGAGGAAUUCCAGUUGAAGAGGUUGAUCCAAGAGAGGCAAAAGCUGCUGUUGUCCAUGGUGCUGAUCUCCGUGACAUGACCCCAGCUCAAAUUGAUGAAAUUCUCCGAAACCAUGGAGAAAUUGUGUUUGCCCGUACCUCCCCACAACAGAAACUGAUCAUCGUGGAAGGCUGUCAACGUCAAGGAGCUAUCGUAGCUGUAACUGGUGAUGGUGUCAAUGACUCGCCAGCCCUCAAGAAAGCUGAUAUUGGUGUUGCUAUGGGUAUUGCUGGAAGUGACGUCAGUAAACAAGCUGCUGACAUGAUCUUGCUGGAUGAUAACUUUGCCUCCAUUGUCACUGGUGUUGAAGAAGGUCGCUUGAUCUUUGACAACUUGAAGAAGUCCAUUGCCUACACCCUCACCUCCAACAUCCCUGAAAUCUCACCCUUCCUGCUCUUCAUCCUGGCUGAUAUCCCCCUGCCUCUUGGAACCAUCACCAUCCUCUGCAUCGACCUGGGAACUGACAUGGUUCCUGCUAUCUCAUUGGCCUAUGAACAAGCUGAGAGUGACAUCAUGAAGAGACAGCCACGUGAUCCAGUCAAAGACAAACUUGUAAAUGAAAGAUUGAUCAGUAUGGCGUAUGGGCAGAUUGGUAUGAUCCAGGCCUCUGCUGGGUUCUUUGUGUAUUUUGUGAUCAUGGGAGAGAAUGGUUUCUGGAUGAGCAAACUGUUGGGCAUUAGAGAGGAAUGGGACUCCUUGGGCAUCAAUGACCUGGAGGAUUCCUAUGGACAGGAAUGGACUUAUUCUCAGAGAAAACGUCUGGAGUACACAUGCCACACUGCCUUCUUUGUGUCCAUUGUUAUCGUACAGUGGGCUGAUCUGAUCAUCUGUAAGACUAGGAGGCUGUCCCUAUUCCAACAGGGAAUGAAAAACCACAGACUGAGUUUUGGUAUAUUCUUCGAGACUGCCCUAGCCGCCUUCCUGACAUACUGCCCCGGUCUGGACCAGGGUCUGCGUAUGCAGCACUUGAGGUUAUCUUGGUGGUUCCCAGCUAUGCCAUUCAGUUUGGCCAUCUUCAUAUAUGAUGAGUGUAGAAAGUUCAUCUUGCGACGAAACCCUGGAGGAUUUGUAGAGAGAGAGACAUAUUAUUAAGGAUAUUUUAUCCUUAGUAAAGAUAAUUUAGGAUGACCAUAGAAUCUUCAAAUGCCAUGGGGUGGGAGUUUUCGCUGGGGAAAAAGCAUUGGGAUGGGAGGGUAUUUUCACUUGUCAUUCAAAUGUGAAAAAAAGUGAUGAUUUUUUUAUGCUCAGGAGCAUGUUUAUGGUCGUCGUUAUGUCAUUACUGCAUUUAAGUGAACUUAUACUUUGCAAGUGAUCUUGAUAUCAUUGCCUGCAAAUUGAAGCUGUGCAGAAUUUGGAAUCAGUAAAGUGAGCUAACUGUUGUCCCAUGUAGGAUUAAUAUUGGCAAGUGAUGCAGACGAGGUACUGUUGCUGCCUUACUACACCAAGUCACUGUACAGCCACCACCAGUCAUGUGUGACUAGAUCUGCCUGUCAUGUGUUUAGUGGUUGACUGCACACACACAUACUUACUCAAGAUUAACUUGUAGCUAUAGAACACCCUGCGUGGGUCAUGUCAGCCUUCUUUAAGUUCAGACAGGCUUUGCAUAGAUUUAUUAUUGUUAUUACUCUCGGAUAUAAUUUAAUACUAUGAUUUUAGAAGACAGAAUUUUUAUCAUAAAAUCUUUAUUGUACAAACUGUUUAAUAUUUUUUCUGUGCAUUUUAGUAUGUAUUUCGCCAUAUAUUUCAAGUUGUGAUUGUAGUUACAUGUGUAUGUCUGUCCGAGUGUCCUGGAUAUGAUAGAAUGGAUGAUAUUUGCACCGUCACGUACCAACAUACGCUUUUAUUUCGUUCCCCACAUUCCAUGUUAAAAUGUGACCUUGACCACACACCAGAAUUGCUUGGAUGAGGAGCAGUUCAGCCCCAUCAAACACUCCCUCCCACACAAACAAUGGGUCUGUCACAAGAGUGGAGUUAACUUUGUCCUCAUUUCUAUUUCACUUUUGUCACUCAUUUUAAAAAGUUAUCUGAACUUCACUUCAAAGCUUGGGGAAGUAAAAUCACAUUUUGUGCGUGUAUUAUAGAUCUUAGGCUUUAUUGCCUACAAGAGAAUUCUGUGUUGCCUGUGGAGUAGUGAAAUGUUGGGCAGUUUUCAACUGUUGUCAUGUCUGCCAGAUUGACUCCUGUAUAAACUGCUAUAGUAAAGCAUCAUGCAUCCCUCCUCAAAAUAGCAUAAAAUACUCAGAUACAUCUACAUGACUCCCAUGAAGAGUUUGUAUCUAUUUAUCAGUUGAAUAUUAGUCCACACAGUUCAUGUAUUGGAUUUUCAUUUAACCAAGAAUAAGUAUGGAGUUAUGUCUGAAUCAUAACAAUCCAAUUUGGAUCAGAAUUUAGUUUUGUUUGUUGUAAAUCACUGCUUGCCAAAUACUGCAGUUGAUGUUAGGGAGUCAUGUAUCAGUAAACUCCUGCAUGUAGGAGAAACUACCGAAGGGUUAGUACUUCUGUAUAUGUUACAUUUUCUGUUACAAGUUAUCUGGCACGGCAGUAAUGAUUGUUGAUUUUUCCUCUACUUGAGAGAGAUAUAUGUAUGUUAUGACAUAUGCAAUACAAAUGAUUGUAAAUCUGUGAAGUAUGUUGCAUGUUGCAAGCCACGUAUCACUCCAAUGUGUAGGGACGGCCAGCAUUGCACUACAUUGUUACAUCUCCGUGGAAUUUUCUUUGAGGUUGAAAAAUAAAGUCAUUUAGGCUGACAA